UGUAAUUCCUGUGAGUACUUUGUCUUUCGGUAACGAACCCUCUCUUUUCUCAUUAAUAAACAAUGGAAACAGUAUGAUUUAACAUGUCUUGGAAACAUUGUGGAUUAAUAGAGGUAUAAGCUUCCCUUGUGGAAUAGCAGAAAAGUAUAAUUCCUAAGUACGUUUGAAAAGCAGACUUUGGAAGAACCCCUUGGAAAAAGUGGAACAUUGAUUGGAGGAAAGAUGGACUCUGCCGAGCUCCGAGAGCAGUUGGUUCCCCAGGAGAUUAUUUCGGAAAAGCUGGCACAAGAGUUCGCGGAACUGAGAUCGGCUGUGCAAGAGGCCGAGCUAAGAGAGGAGUUGCUUCGCCAGGAGACUAUUUCAGAAGAGAUGGCACAAGAGAUUGCAGAACUGAGAUCGACUCUGCAAGAGGCGGAGCUAAGAGAGCAGUUGCUUCGUGAGGAGACUAUUUCGGAAGAGAUGACACAAGAGAUCGCAGAACUGAGAUCGACUCUGCAAGAGGUCAAUGCAAUGUGCCAGGAGCUGGAAAUAAAAUUGAAAGAGUUACGUUCCAGAACUGCGAGCCUCCCGAGUGCCCAGGGAAGUGGCAGUGGAUCGAAUCGUGAUCAGCCAUCAACAUCAAAGCGUCAGGAAGGAGAUUCAGAAGGACAACUUCCCAAGAGACGUUGGUCCUAUAAGGAGGCGGACGGAGAGGGGAGGACUGCGUUGCACUGGGCGGCCUGGAGGGGAGAAACGGAGAAGGUGAAGCUGCUGCUCGAGGGAGGAUGGGACACGAGGGCAAGGAACAGUAUGUUAUCGACGCCCCUCCACGAGGCGCUCCGUCGGGGGAAGGAGGCCACGGCAGAGGUGCUGCUGGAGGCCGACUGCAUGACGGACGGAGCAGAUAGAUGUGGGUGGACCCCUCUGCAUGCUGCUGCAGGGGGGGGAUGCGUGGCAGCCAUCGGGAAACUGCUCGCUGCCGGAGCAGAUUCAAGCCUGACGGAUAGUAAGGGACGGACGCCCCUCCACAGGGCUCUUCUUGACGGGAGGGAGGCUGCAGCAGAGCUGCUUUUGGGGGCCACCCGUGAACUGGACGGCACAGACACUGAGGGGCGCACCCCUCUUCAUGAUGCUGCAAGCAGAGGUUAUGCGCGUAUAGUGAGAGAGCUGCUGUCGAGGGGCGUGCGUCCUCAUGUGAGAUCUGACGAGGGAGUGUAUCCCCUGCAAUAUGCCGUGUGGGGAGACCAUGAUGAGGUGGUGAGGGUGCUCUUGGCGGCAUAUGCCUUGAGAGACGUCCGGAUCGACUGGGCGGAGAUGGAGCUCCGGCGGAAGCAGAAGAAGAAACGCUGCAUCAAGCUACUCUCUGGUUACAGGGCCGAGAUCCGCAGGAUGAAGGACACCCGGGUGGAAGGAUCCGGGGUGUCCUUUUACGACGUCGCGACGAGACACACGAGCAGGGUGGCGAGGCGUCUCUCCGCAGAAACCAUCCGACGGCUGCUGCUCUCCGAUCGCUUGGUGGAGCAGUUCCCCGUCUACGGAGAACUUCUCUCCCUCAAGCUGAGGGAACUCGAGGAAAGGAGGUUCCUUUCGGAUCGCUGCCGGCAGUGCUUCUCCCUUCUAGCCCGUCCCCUGCCCCUGACGUGCACGGACAUCAUCCUCCCGUGCCUGGCCGACGAGGACAUGCGGAACUUCAUCCGUGCCUUCGGAUACGAGUUUCGGAGAUGCCCGUGAAGUGCCUCGCAUGAAAAAAGAUCGGUGAACAGAUGCUUUGUUGCUAAAUGUCCUUUGCAGUUGAACUCGAAUCUGGUGCGUCCCGUUUCCGACGUGAAUCUUCCACCUUUUGAUGUGAAUCUUAGUGCUCAUUCACCAUAGACUUUUUCCAUGAAGAUGGCUGGUGUGGAAACCUUAGUGCUCAUUCACUGUAGACUUUUUCCAUGAAGAUGGCUGGUGUGGAAACCUUAGUGCUCAUUCAUCAUAGACUUUUUCCAUGAAGAUGGCUGGUGUGGAAACCUUAGUGCUCAUUCAUCAUAGACUUUUUCCAUGAAGAUGGCUGGUGUGGAUUUUUCUUUUUUUUUUUCAAAAUGCCUUUGUUGACUUCUCUUUCUGUUUUCGGCAGAAUCGAGAGUGUGAAGGUGUCAUUACUGUUUCGUUCCCAAAGUCGACAGCUUCUCCGUCGACCGCCCUACGUCUGAACAUUUACUGUCGGAAAGUGGACGGUUCCUUUCACACGUAUGCAUCUGGUUUGUUUGUGAAUGUGAAAAGUACAGACAGUGGACAAUAAUAUUUUGAUGAACCUUUUAAUCUUGGAUAUGUGUUUUUGAUCAUUUUACAUCAAAACAAGUCAUUCCUUCAUAUGUUUCAGAAUCGAUUUGUAUGUGUUUGUGCUUCAUUUGUGAUUUUUUUCAUAUGUAUCAAAGGCUACUUAUAAAGCUACACAAUAAAAAG